AUGCGAUUGGACGCAAAGCGGCGGCAAAAGGAGGAGCAGGGUAGGAAGGCAACGGAGGGAGAUCGGCGACAGAAGGAGGAUGCGCAGAGGAAGGAGGCUGAGGAGGACGAUCGGGAGGAAAGGGAGAAACAACAGGAGAAGGAGCACCAGCAAAAUGAGGAGGCGCAGAGGAAGGAGGCAGAGGAAGCAGAGCGGGUGGAGAGGGAGAAACAGCAGGAGAUGGCGCGCCUGCAGAAGGAUGAGGCGCAUCAGAAAGAUGCAGAGGAGGCCGAGAGGCAGGAGAGGGAAAAACAGCAGAAGAUGGCGCGCCUGCAGAAGGAGGAGAGGCAGAGGAAGGAGGCAGAGGAGGUAGAGCGGCGUCAGAGGGCGAAACAGCAGGAGAUGGAGCGUCUGCAAAAGGAGGAGGCGCAGAAGAAGGAGGCAGAGGAGGCCGAGCGGCAGCAGCGGGCGAAACAGCAGGAGAUGGAGCGCCUGCAGAAGGAGGAGGCGCAGAAGAAGGAGGCAGAGGAGGCCGAGCGGCGGCAGAGGGCGAAACAGCAGGAGAUGGAGCGCCUGCAGAAGGCGGAGCAGUGCCGAGCAGAGAAGAGGGCCAGACUUGCAUCCUACGCGGAACAGCAGCGGCAACUGGAGGCAAAGGCAAAGGCGAUGGCUGAAGAGACGGAACGAUUGGCAAGGGAGAUGGAAGAGGAGGAUUUGACCAUGCAGGGGGAGGGGACCUGGAAGGGAGUCGAGGAGGAAAUAGCUGAGGGCCUGGGGAGUUUGCUGUUGAUUGAGAGUGGGGAGGCAAAUGUAGCAGAGGGCGUGGCUAUUGUUCCCGGACAGAACGUAGAGGUGCCCAGGAGGCGGCCUAGACAGGAGGACAGGGAGCCGGAGGGUCAUGCGGCUAAGAGACGGCGUGCAGCUGGUAUACAGGAGUUGAUACCGAUAAUCCCAGGGGAAAAGGAAGGGAUGAAGAUCGACAAGUGUGACAACAGGAAAAACGCCGUAGUGGACGACAAGGGUAAGACUUUGGGUGUCUGCCUGCCGUUCAGGGGAAGCGGGUUCUCUCAACGGGGCGAGGGAGCUUUGCAGAAGUGGACGUCUGAGCAGACCGUCGGCGGCCGGAAGCGGAACCUCGGCUCUCACAAAACGGUGUGGGAGAGGGCAUACAUGGUCGCAGUCUGCUCGAAGUUCUACUUCCCGGAUAUUGACAUGCAGGCAUACGGCAUGAAUCCAAACCGUAUUAACAAGUGGCGGGAAGACCUCGACUUCACAACGUGGCUUCUUUGA